CUCGAGAUCAAUCAGUCCAUCAUCUUUUGUAACUCUGUCAAUCGCGUCGAGCUUCUUGCCAAGAAGAUUACCGAGCUCGGCUACUCUUGUUUCUAUAUCCAUGCGAAAAUGCAACAGUCCCACCGCAACCGCGUCUUCCACGAAUUCCGGAACGGGGGCACGCGCCACCUUGUCUCUUCAGAUCUGUUCACUCGUGGCAUUGACAUCCAGAGCGUAAACGUGGUUAUUAAUUUCGAUUUUCCUAAGACGGCAGAAACCUACCUGCACCGCAUCGGCCGCUCCGGACGCUUCGGUCACCUGGGCCUGGCCAUCAAUCUGAUCACCUACGACGACCGCUUCAAUUUGUUUAGAAUCGAACAGGAACUCGGCACGGAGAUCAAACCGAUCCCUCGCGACAUUGACCGCUCCUUAUACUGCGUUUGA